AUGCGCCUCAUAGACGUGGUGGAGACGGCCAUCACGUCAGCCCGACGCAUCGCUAGCGCGACCGCCAACGUGGCAUCCGCAAUCGAGGACGGGCUCCUCGUGAGCAUCGUGCUAAGCAAGUUGGAUGAGGAUAGCCUGGCCAGAGUCGCUCGCCGGGCAGACCAGCAAGCGAUCCCUACGUGGAAGGAACUGAGGGACGAGCUCGAUAAAAUGGCAAAUCAGCUCUAUUAUGAGCCGAAGCGCUCGAAGGAGGCAGGCUCCCAUGCCCCAUGCCCCAAAACCCCUCACGCUCCUUCCGCGCCGCGGAAAACAGCCUACGUGGCUCUCACACCCAAGUCAGCGCCGACGCCAGCGCCGACGCCCGCGCCGAAGCCCGCACCAUCACCAGCUCCACGCGGAAGCGGGGACGCCAAGCCGCGGCGGCAAUGUUACGCCUGUGACCAGACAGGUCACGAAAGUAAUUUCUGUCCAGAGCUGCGGGCGCGCUCGGCGUUGCAGUGCGUCAAUUACAUUAUGGAACGAGGCAAGUGCGUCAACUGCUUCUCACGUUCCCAUAAGGCAACGGACUGCCCAUCGGAAAAGAAAUGUCAGCACUGCCAAGCAAAGCAUCACACGAUCUUGUGCAGCUCAGCAGUGUACCUCGAGGAAAGGAAAUGA